AUGGAUUCUCCGCAAGGCUCCCCUAAUGGGACUGAGCCCAAGUCCUCAUCUCAGACGAACAACACGUCGGCGAAGAACACCCAGAAUCCAUCUUUGAGCCAGGCCAGGACUCCCCCAUUGGAGGUGAAGCGCAUGGAGAAAGAGUCCUCCUCCGAGCCUGAUUUUCCCGAAAUGCCACCAUCGUUUGAUUGGGAUGAUUUUGAAAAACGCUACGAAGAGGCAUUGCGCGAAAUGGGUCAAGCCGAGCAAGACAUUUUCAAGGAAGCUGAAAAUCUUUCCAAAUACUUCCGCACUUGGGCAGCAGCUGCCUCAAGCCACGAUGACGAGCGCGCUGUCAAGCGGCUACAGACACGCAGACGCUUCGUCAACAUAUCGGAGGAGAAAAUGGCACAGAAACAACAGCACUAUUCAAAGGAUAGAACUCCUUUAAAGCAUUCCAAUCCCACCGCACUGGAAUUGCCAGCGGUAUCAAGCGAUGAUUUCGCAGCCUUCUUUCAAGAACACUUUGCGGAGGAGGCCGUGUCACAAUUUGGGAUAGAAUUUCUUGAUUCUGAUAAAGCGAAUGCUUUCGCAAAUCCUGAACUCCUCAGCGGAUGGGAGGAAGAAGUUGAAGAUGACCUAGGUUAUUACGAGGAUGGCGUGAAACGCACCUUGACCGACGAGCAAAUUGAGAUCUUCCGCCACUCUGAGUUACAGGAGCUUCGCCGGCAGCGGAAAAAACAGGAGAACAGGAAGAAAGAUGCUCCAUCACCGCUGGGAGAUGACCUGGCACACCAUCGAGAAAGAAGCAUUUCCCAACCAUCGCCCUCGGCGGCAAGCUCCUGGAAUAAGAAGAAGAAGAAAGGACCCAAGCGCCAACCAGCGGAACCAAAGCCUGAUUUGAGGAAAAGGACCUGGGAUGUUGUUGAGAAGGGUCUUGAUUCUCUUGACUAUGAUUGA